GUCGACUUCUGUCUGGUUCUCUGCCGCACCUUCUUGUGCUGUUGCCCUGUAGACUUUCGUGGAAAUGGCUUGUGCCGCCGCGCGGUCCCCGGCCGACCAAGACAGGUUUAUUUGUAUCUAUCCUGCUUACUUAAAUAACAAGAAGACCAUCGCAGAGGGGAGGCGGAUCCCUAUAAGUAAGGCUGUUGAAAAUCCUACAGCUACAGAAAUUCAAGAUGUAUGCUCAGCAGUUGGACUUAAUGUAUUUCUUGAGAAAAAUAAAAUGUACUCUAGAGAAUGGAAUCGUGAUGUUCAGUACAGAGGCAGAGUCCGAGUCCAGCUCAAACAGGAAGAUGGCAGCCUUUGUCUUGUACAGUUCCCAUCACGUAAGUCAGUAAUGUUGUAUGCAGCAGAAAUGAUACCUAAACUAAAAACAAGGACACAAAAAACAGGAGGUGGUGACCCAAGUCUUCAGCAAGGAGAGGGAAGUAAAAAAGGGAAAGGAAAGAAGAAGAAGUGAUCUGGGAUGAGCAUCAAAUACAUGGUCCUACUAUAAGGGACAUGAAUGGAGGCUUCUUUGAAUCUGAGGGAAACAGCUUUUUAUUCACAUUCACCUGUACUGUGAACAUUUGUGCCUCCCACCUUCACCUUCAUCAUUGGAAUUAACAAUGAAAUAAAUUUACAUCAGAAGUUUGCAUUUAGCUUUUAUGCAGUAUAAAAGAAUCUUUUUUGUCUUUCAAUAAGUUCUUGAAGAAGAAAGAAGAGUAUUUUUUAAUGGACAAUGAACUGUCCCAUAAGUUACUUGAAAUCCUGUAUGUUUGUCCUCUAUGUAAACACCUAUUUCAAUAAGAUUCAAGCUACACAUUUUGUUCACCUUUUAAGUUAAUGAAAUAAAAACUUUAAGCUGA